CGGGGAGGCUGAGUCCGCAGGAGCUGGGGACCCCGGGCUGGGGGUGGGGCGGGUGCGGCUGCGCCCUUGAAGCUGCUUCGCCGGCUUUCCGGGACCGUGCCGGGGAUAGUGAGGCCGGGGACCCCCUCCGCGCUUUUGCACCAGCCGUGACCCCUUGCAACGGGGGUGCCCGGCGGAGCUGCGCGCUCUCAGCGCCCCCAGACCCUGCGCCGCGGGCGCCGCGCGCAUUUUGCACGGGGGAGACUGAGGCUAGGAGUGCGACCCUCAACCCGGGGUCACACCUCGCCUGGGGCACGGCCGGGUGGGUGGUAGCCUGAUGCUGCGAGACCCCCUUCUCCCGCCCCGUGGUUGCCCGCACCGUGGGGCCCUGCUCUGACCACAGACUCCGAUGGCGGAGGCGGCCGUGCGGGAUCCUGCGCAGGGCUGCGUGACCUUUGAGGACGUGACCAUUUACUUCUCCCAGGAGGAGUGGGGGCUCCUCGAUGAGGCUCAGAGACUCCUGUACUGCGAUGUGAUGCUGGAAAACUUUGCACUUAUAGCCUCGCUGGGACUUAUAUCUUUCAGGUCCCACAUCGUUUCCCAGCUGGAGAUGGGGAAAGAGCCCUGGGUGCCUGAUAGUGUGGAUAUGACUUCAGCCAUGGCCAGAGGGGCUUAUGGCAGGCCUGGUUCUGAUUUUUGCCGUGGAACAGAGGGCAAGGACUUACCUUCUGAGCAUAAUGUUUCUGUAGAAGGAGUGGCACAGGACAGGAGUCCCGAGGCAACUCUGUGCCCCCAGAAGACCUGCCCCUGUGACAUAUGUGGCCUACGUUUGAAAGAUAUUUUGCAUUUGGCUGAACACCAGACAACACAUCCCAGGCAGAAACCGUUUCUGUGUGAGGCAUAUGUGAAAGGCUCUGAGUUCAGUGCAAACCUUCCCCAGAGGCAGGUGCAGCAGAACGUACACAACCCUAUCAGAAGGGAGGAGGGCCAGGCUUUGCCUGUAAAGACCUGGGGAGACCACACAUCAGAUCAGCUUUCCACCUGCAGGGAGGGCGGGGAGGACUUUGUGACCACAGCAGGGUUUCUGCAGCAUGAGGUCACUCCCAGCGAUGGGGAGCCGCACAAGGCCACCGAAAGUGUGGUGGAUUUUCACAUUGCACUAAGGCAUAACAAGUGCUGUGACUCUGGGGAUGCCUUCAGUGACAAAUCCACUCUUGUUCAGCACCAGAGAAUCCACAGCAGAGAAAGGCCUUAUGAAUGCAGCAAAUGUGGAAUCUUCUUCACUUACGCCGCUGACCUUACUCAACACCAGAAAGUUCACAAUAGAGGAAAACCCUAUGAGUGCUGCGAAUGUGGGAAAUUUUUCAGCCAGCACUCCAGCCUUGUUAAACAUCGCAGAGUUCACACUGGUGAAAGCCCUCACGUGUGCGGUGACUGUGGGAAAUUCUUCAGCCGAAGCUCCAACCUCAUUCAGCAUAAAAGGGUUCACACUGGUGAAAAGCCGUAUGAGUGCAGUGACUGUGGGAAGUUCUUCAGCCAGCGUUCCAACCUCAUUCAUCAUAAGAGGGUUCAUACGGGCAGAAGUGCCCAUGAGUGCAGUGAAUGUGGGAAAUCCUUCAACUGCAACUCCAGCCUAAUUAAACAUUGGAGAGUUCACACUGGAGAAAGACCUUACAAGUGCAAUGAAUGUGGGAAAUUCUUCAGCCACAUCGCCAGCCUCAUUCAACAUCAGAUAGUUCACACUGGUGAGCGGCCUCAUGGGUGCGGUGAGUGUGGGAAAGCCUUCAGCCGAAGCUCUGACCUCAUGAAACAUCAGCGAGUUCACACUGGUGAACGGCCUUAUGAGUGCAGUGAAUGUGGGAAGUUGUUUAGCCAGAGCUCCAGCCUCAAUAGCCAUCGGAGACUUCACACUGGCGAACGGCCUUACCAGUGCAGUGAAUGUGGGAAAUUCUUCAACCAAAGCUCCAGCCUCCAUAACCACCGGAGACUUCACACUGGCGAGCGGCCUUAUGAGUGCAGCGAAUGUGGGAAAACCUUCAGGCAGAGGUCCAAUCUGAGGCAGCACUUGAAAGUUCACAAACCAGAUAGGCCUUAUGAAUGCAGCGAAUGUGGGAAAGCCUUCAACCAAAGGCCUACCCUCAUUCGGCAUCAGAAGAUUCAUACCAGAGAAAGGAGCAUAGAGAAUGUGCUCCUUCCCUGUUCAAUGCAACAGCACACACCAGAGAUAAGCUCUGAGAACAGACCUUAUGAGGGUGCUGUCAACUACAAGUUGAACUUUGUUCAUCCAAGCACCCACCCUGGGGAGGUUCCCUAGGAAUGCUAGCUCUGUUGGAAGCUUUCUGGGGACUAGUUACAUUCUCUUACCAUGGAUUUUUUUUUUUUUUUUUUUUUUUUUUUUGAGACGGAGUCUGGCUCUGUCACCCAGGCUGGAGUGCAGUGGCCGGAUCUCUGCUCACCGCAAGCUCCUCCUCCCGGGUUUACACCAUUCUCCUGCCUCAGCCUCUGGAGUAGCUGGGACUACAGGCGCCCGCCACCUCGCCCGGCUAGUUUUUUGUACUUUUUGGUAGAGACGGGGUUUCACCGUGUUAGCCAGGAUGGUCUCGAUCUCCUGACCUCGUGAUCCGCCCGUCUCGGCCUCCCAAAGUGCUGGGAUUACAGGCUUGAGCCACCGCGCCCGGCCACCAUGGAUUUUAUCAGCGUUUUUUCACUGCUGGGGUUGUGAUAGAAGCCAUGUCAGCACCACACACUGCAGCUCUCCAGAGAAUGUGUCCACCACUCCACUGUGCUCAGGGAAGGCAGACCUCUCCUCUCUCUUUCCAAUCCCUAAAGGGAAUAAGGAGUAGUCUGAAGCCAUGGGAAGAUGUCAUUCCCGCCCUGUGUGGCUGGUUUAGCUGUGGACAUGACCAGCCUGUGACUGUGAAGUCCUUAGCAGGGUUUUGCUGACAGCUUGUCCUAGAGAAGGUUUCCCGUUUUCUGGGACAUUGUUGGUCUCAUGCCUGUGAAGGAUUUGUCCAGCCUUCAUGUUACCCUGCACAACAACUUACCUCCUGUGCAUCGCCCUGGUUCAUGCGAUGAUAACGGCCUUAUGAUAAAGCCGUCUUUAAUCUUCCAUGUUCUGAUCACUGGGUGGGGUGGUUCAAGAACAGAGUUAAGAUCUACCAGACUGAAGGGGUCUCCAGAUUAUCUUGGAGGGGACAGGCGGAUGACAGAGAACAACCGUCAAUCCAGACUUGGCCUCAUUUGCAUUGCCACCAAGGCCUCCUAGGAAAAACUGGGAAUUUAUGGGUGUAAUAUUGUAGUCUGAAUGGCAUGAAUCUGCCCCGAGGAGGGGGCAGGUGUGACAAACCCUAGUGCAUGUGGGAACAGUGUGAAUUGGGUCCCUUAUUCCCAGGGGGUGCCCCAUAUUCCCCAACACUGUAAAGCAGAUGCUGUUUAGCACCUGCCAAGGAGCCAUAUGCCCUGAAGUUCAGCCUUAGGCAGGUAUCUCUUAACUGUAAGACAUAUCAGGCCCAGUUGGGAUCAUAAUUUGUACAGAAACACUGGAUGUGAUUAAUAGGGAAUAGGCGAGAUUAUAGCAAACCAGCAGAGAUAAAUCUGUUCUAAAGGUGCAUCCAUGAAUGCUCCCUUGAAUGUGGCUGUGCAGGAUUCAGGGUUUGCAGAAAUUCUCAGGACCUCUAGACUUCUGUCCUAUGACUAAUGUUACUGGCAGAGCAAAUAAUCUAAAGGUUUUGGUUUUGUGGGUUACCAUCUCUGUGCUGUGCAUCUCGAGGCCAGUGCUGUGCUAGCAGGAAAAUAGGGACUGAGAAAAAAGCAGAUCCUAUACUAUAGGGAUUAUAGCAUCUAUGACAUAGCUAGCCAUUCUUUGCUCCCAAGGCAAGAAGAAAGAGAUGGCAGAGUCAAUAUCGGGUUGCCAAAUUGGAUUUUCUAAAAUGAGUAGGAGGUUGGAUUUUAUGUGCAAUAGUUUGUUUUAAUGCUUUGUUGAUAUGUAAUUGUCAUGCAAUAAUUAUACAUAUUUGUUAAGUUUUGUACAUUUAUUAUGUACACUCAGGGAACCAAUACCAUAAUCAUGAUAAUGAACGUAUCCAUCACCUGCAGAGCUACCUCAUGCCCCUUUACAGUCUGUCCUUGCCUUCCCCAGGAAACCAUUGAUUUACAUUUUUUACUUUAGAUUUGUUUGCCUUUUCUAGAAUUAACACAAUUGGAAUCAUAAAGUAUUUAUACUUUU